AUGAAUCCUUAUGAGGAAAUGGUUUCAGAUGCAUUUGCUAAUACAGAGUCAGCUUUUGAUCAGAGGUCGGAAGAAGAGCCUAAUCCCGAGGCAAAAAUGUUUUAUGAUAUUCUGGAUGCUGCGAAACAACCAAUUUAUGAUGGAUGUAAAGAAGGUCUUUCGAAACUCUCUUUAGCAGCUCGGCUUAUGAGUUUGAAAACGGAUUAUAAUCUAUCUCAAAAUUGUAUGGACUCAAUUGCUCAGAUGAUGCAAGAAUAUUUGCCAGAAGGUAACCACUCACCAAAGUCCUACUAUGAUAUCAAGAAGCUUAUGCGGUCUUUGGGUUUACCUUAUCAUAAAAUUGAUGUUUGUCAAGAUAAUUGCAUGAUAUUCUGGAAAGAAACUGAGAAGGAAGAGUAUUGUUUGUUCUGUAAAAAAGAUAGAUUUCGUCCUAAGCAGAAGUUUGGGCAGAAAAGAAUUGCACAUCGUCAGAUGUUUUAUUUGCCGAUAGCCAAUAGACUGAAGAGAUUAUACCAGUCUCGUAAUACUGCAAAAGAUAUGAGAUGGCAUGCUGACCACUUAGAAAAAGACGGAGAAAUGUGUCAUCCAUCAGAUGGAGAAGCAUGGAAGCAUUUUCACAAGGUACACCCUGAUUUUGCAUCUCAACCAAGAAAUGUUUACCUAGGACUAUGCACAGACGGUUUUAAUCCUUUUGGAAUGUCAGGACAUAAUUAUUCUUUGUGGCCUGUUAUAUUGACACCGUAUAAUCUGCCACCUGAGAUGUGUAUGAAGCAAGAAUUUAUGUUCCUAACCAUUCUAGUUCCUGGGCCAAAUCAUCCUAAGAGAAGUCUAGAUAUAUUUCUCCAACCAUUGAUAGAAGAGUUGAAAGAUUUGUGGGUUAAUGGUGUUGAAGCAUAUGAUAUUUCUACUAAAGAAAACUUUCUCUUAAAAGCUGUACUCAUGUGGACAAUAAGCGACUUUCCAGCGUAUGGUAUGCUUUCUGGAUGGACAACUCAUGGUCGGUUGGCAUGUCCUUAUUGUUUGGAUCAAACUGAGGCAUUUUGGUUAAAAAAUGGUAAGAAGACAAGUUGGUUUGAUUGUCAUCGGUGUUUUCUACCAGUUGAUCAUAGCUACCGGCGGAAUAAAAAAAAAUUCAAAAAAGGAAGGGUUGUAGAUGAUAGUCCAUCAAAGAUAUUAACAGGCGAGGAGCUUUUUAAUGAAGUCAACUAUUUACCAAAAACAGUUGAUUGCGGAGGGAACCAUGGACGAUUGCAAGGAUACGGUAAAACGCACAACUGGCAUAAGCAAAGCAUCUUGUGGGAGCUACCUUAUUGGAAGGAUCUUGAACUUCGACAUAAUCUGGAUGUGAUGCACACUGAAAAGAACUUUCUCGAUAAUAUCAUCAAUACUUUACUGAAUGUGCAGGGAAAAACAAAAGAUAACAUCAAAUCACGACUUGAUUUGCAAGAGCACUGUAAUCGCAAAGAGUUGCACUUAACAGCUGAUGGAAAGGCACCAAUCCCAAUUUUUAGACUACAACCAGAAGCCAAAGCAGUAUUUUUACGAUGGCUCCACGAGGAUGUUAAAUUUUCAGAUGGAUAUUCAUCAAGUUUAUCAAACUGUGUUGAUCUAGUUGGGACAAAACUAACAGGAAUGAAAAGUCAUGACUGUCAUGUUUUAAUGCAACGAUUACUUCCAGUUGCAUUUGCUGAGCUUUUGGAUAAAUCUGUACACGAAGCACUUUCAAGUAAGUUUUCAGCAUUUAUUUAA